AUGUCCGCGAACGGCACAGGAAAAACAAAAGAAGCUAUUCGACGUAAAUUAGUAAUUGUUGGAGAUGGUGCUUGUGGGAAAACAUCGUUAUUAUCCGUUUUUACGUUAGGUUACUUUCCAACGGACUACGUAAGUACCGAUGCUAAAAUGUUGCUGGAAUUUAUCUUCCUAUGCCAUUUUGUUCAUCACCCAAGCUUUCGCUUUUCGCUGGGAGGAUCGUCACUUAUUACACAAACUUGUAACAUUCCAACUGUAUUUGAUAAUCGAGUUACAGAAAUUAAAAUUGAUGGAAAACCUGUACAGCUAGCAUUAUGGGAUACAGCCGGACAAGAAGAAUAUGAGCGUUUAAGACCUCUUUCUUAUUCUAAGGCUCACGUCAUUCUGAUUGCUUUUUCGGUUGAUCUACCAGAUUCAUUAGAAAAUGUUGCUGAUAAGUGGAUUGGUGAAGUUACGUCUCAUUGUCCAAAUAUUCCUAUAAUUUUGGUGGGAUUAAAAAAGGAUUUAAGAGAGAAUGAAUCCACAAUAGCGGAAAUGCAGAAAAAAGGUAUCUCCUUUGUCAGUCCAAAAGAGGGUGAAAUGAUGGCAGACCAAAUAGGUGCAAAAAAGUAUCUUGAAUGUUCAGCACUGACCGGUGAAAAUGUGGAUAACAUUUUUGAAGCUGCGUCAAGAGCAGCACUUUCGAUGCUUGAUGAACAGAUCGCAAAUAUUUUGUAA